AUGGAGCGCGACAAUCAACCCGAUCAUCGAGAAGGCUUUCAGCGGACCCGAGGGAGGCCGAGUAGACGGAAUGCCACAGAUAUUGGCAGUACAAACGUUCAUUUCUUGCACGAUCGAAGGUCAAAGGGAAGGGGACUGCAUGGCUUUGAGGCAGAGAGGGUAGCCCUCAGCUAUGUGGCCGAUAUACUCCCUCCUGCUGCACGCAAAAGUAAAGCAGUCGACUCAAUUCCAGCCAAACAUCUGCACUCCUCUUUCAACAAGCUCAGAUUUCCUGUCAACGUGGUAAAGUGGACACCAGAAGGCCGCCGGCUCCUCACAGGCGACAGCGAUGGUAAUUUCACACUCUGGAACGGAACGGGAUUCAACUUCGAAACCAUCUAUGGCCCGCAUAAUGGCAUGGUUCGUACAGUCCAGUACGCUCACAAUGGCGAGUGGUUGAUCUCGGCGGACCACUCAGGCAUGGUCAAGUACUUUCAGCCAAAUUUCAAUCCUGUCAAAGAUAUACAAGCACAUACCGACGCAGUCAGAGGUCUGUCCUUUGCGCCCAACGACUCCAAAUUCGUCACUGCAUCCGAUGAUGCUUCUCUGAAAAUUUUCGACUUCGCCAGCGGAAUGGAAGACUCCCAACUGACCGGGCAUCAAUGGGACGCGAAGUGUGUUGACUGGCACCCCUCCAAGGGCCUCAUUGUGUCGGGCUCAAAAGAUCAUCAGGUGAAAUUAUGGGAUCCGCGGACCGGGCGCUGUUUGACAACACUACAUGGUCAUAAGAAUACUGUAAACAUGACAAGAUUCGAACCCAGUAGAGGCUCGUUGCUGGCUUCUUGCGCGCGAGACCAGACAGUCAGGGUGUUCGAUAUCAACAUGAUGCGAGAUGUAUUUCUUCUGAAAGGACACGAGAAGGAGGUCAAUUCGCUCGUGUGGCAUCCCAUCCACUCUUCGCUGCUCUCAACUGGUGGCGCAGACGGUUGCAUCUACCAUUAUCUGCUAGACGAGCAACAUCCUCCACCUGGCACACCACUGACCAUCUCUCCAUACGACGCUCCUAAUCCGGCAGACGCUCCCGCGCAAACACUUUACCCAGCUCACAAAAUCCAAUACGCACAUGACUACAAUGUCUGGAGUAUGGACUGGCAUCCAAUGGGCCACAUCCUUGCAUCAGGAUCCAACGAUCGUGCAACUAGAUUUUGGACGCGACCGAGGCCUGGAGAAGGGUCUCUUGCAAACGACAAGUGGCACAUUGGCCAAGCCGCAGCGGAGGAGAAGGGUACUUGGGGUAGAAAAGAUGAACAGCGCGCGAGAGAGGAGGAGGAGGCGGAAGAUGAUGCGGAUGCGCUGGAGGAUCAGAACACAUCUGGCAGACCAUCGUUCCUUCCCGGUCUUCCUGGUCUUCCUGGCCUUACUGCUGCUCCUCAAGUCCAGGCCCCUCCACCUGGCGAUGCCGCGCCGUUUCCCUUUCCUAUGCCAGCUCUCCCUCCCGGCAUGGACAUGGACGCGCUCAAGGCAUUGAUAGCCUCUGGUCAGCUGCCUCCUCCACCUAUGGGGUUCCCUCCUGGUAUUCCGACAAUGCCAAUCAUGCCGGUAAUGCCGCCGCCACAGGAGAACGGUGGGGGUGGUGGAUCGCGGAGACGGGCGCCCCUGCCCAGCCAACAGGACAGCUUGAUGGAGGAGAUGCGGCAAGGGCGAUAUCAGAAGCCGAGAUAG